AUGGAUCUUUACGAUGGGAAUCACUGUGAAAGAGGAGGAGGGAGGAGAAGAAAGAGGAGGAGAAAGAGGAAGAGGAGGAGGGAGGAGAAGGGAGGAGGAGGGAGGAGGAGGGAGGAGGAUGAAGAGGAGGAGGAGGGGGGAGGAGGAGGAGGGAGCAGGAGGAAGAAGAAGAGGGAGGAAGAAGAAGAGGGAGGAAGAGGAAGAGGAGGAGGAAGAGGAAGAGGAGGAGGAGGAGGAGGAGGAGGAGGAAGAGGAGGAGGAGGAGGAGGAGGAGGAGGAGGAGGAGGAGGAGAGGAGGAGGAGGAGGAGGAGGAGGAGGAGGAGGAGGAGGAGGAGGGCACUAACCCGAAAGUUAGAGACACGGAGCAGGGCAAGUCUUUGGUCUCCUCCACCUCUCCUCCACCUCUCCUCCCUCUCUCCUCCACCUCUCCUCCCUCUCUCCUCCACCUCUCCUCCACCUCUCCUUCUCCUCUCCUCCCUCUCUCCUCCACCUCUCCUCCCUCUCUCCUCCACCUCUCCUCCACCUCUCCUUCUCCUCUCCUCCCUCUCUCCUCCACCUCUCCUCCCUCUCUCCUCCACCUCUCCUCCACCUCUCCUUCACCUCUCCUCCCUCUCUCCUCCACCUCUCCUCCCUCUCUCCUCCACCUCUCCUCCACCUCUCCUUCACCUCUCCUCCCUCUCUCCUCCACCUCUCCUCCACAUCUCCUCCCUCUUCCCCCUCUCCUCCACCUCUCCUCCCUCUCUCUUCCCUCUCUCCUCCCCCUCCCUCCUCCCUCUCUUCUCCACCUUUCUCCCCCUCUCCUACCUCUCUCCCCCCUCUCUCCUCCCUCUCCUCCCUCUCCUCCCUCUCUCCUCCACCUCUCCCCCCUCUCUCCUCCCUCUCUCCUCCCUUUCUCCCCCCUCCCUCUCCUCCGCCUGUUCUCACCUCUCCCCCCCUCUCCUCCCUCUCUCCCCCGUCUCUCCCUCCCUCUCCUCCCUCUCCCCCUCCCUCUCCCCCCUCUCCUCCCUCUCUCCUCCCUCUCUCCCCCCUCUCUCCCUCCCUGUCCCCCCCUCUCCUCCCUCUCUCCCUCUCUCCCUCUCUCCCCCCUCUCUCCCCCCUCUCUCCCCCCUCUCUCCCCCCUCUCUCCCCCCUCUCUCCCCCCUUUCUCCUCCCUCUCUCCCUGGAGGAUGUGGACCUUCCCGGUGCUGGUCCUGGCUCUGGUCCUGGCUGUGGUCCCCGUGGUGGUCUCGUGGGGCGGGGGUUGCCAGUUGCCUGGGGACUGGAGACCUCAGACCGAGUCGUGCCGAGCCGAGCUGGCUGAGAUCAUAGUGUUUGGUCGUGUGUUGGCGCUGCACAGAGAGACGCACAGAGAGUACCCCCUCCUGCCGGGGUCGGACCUGCUGUACUCUGCAGAGGUGGAGCUGCUGUGUGACCAGGCCUGGGGCAGUAUGUUGGAGCUGCCCGCGGGCUCCAGGUUCAACAUCUCAGGACUCGGAUACUUCCCGUGCUUCUCCCACAGCGUCACGGAGAACAACAGCUACUACUUCUUCCUGAGGUGA